AUGAACUCUCUACAUUGGUAUCUACUUAUAACUGCCUUUACGCUUAAUCAAGCAUCUGCUACUAUAAUCUAUCUUGAAAAUUGUACAUACUCAUUAAAUCUCUAUAAACAAUACUUAAAUCUACUUUGGUCAUCGAAUGAUUCUCGUACGCUACAUAUUCAAGCUGUUUAUUCCCUAUCAUCGAAUGCUUCUCUAAUACCUGGCCAUAUCUAUACAAAUUUAUUUCCGUCGGCUGCUUUGGUACCAUUUUUUGUUCAAUGUAAAUAUCCUGAAUAUUUUUCUUCAAAAUCAUACUUAUCAUUUACACAAUGUGCAUCAACGAUAACAAAUUUUUUAACGAGAAAAAAUCAUGAAUCAACAAGAACUAAUCUUUAUUUAAAAACAAUUCUAUUCAUGCCAAACGUUUCAUUACUUUAUAUAGGCGAAUAUAAUAUUUUAUUAUCGAAUUGUUCGUUUAAAUUGAAUUCAAAAACUUAUCGAUUAAAACCUUCUGAUAUAUUUAAAUUUCAUAUUGAAUACGAAAAUUCAAUAAAUAAUAAUAAUAAUAAUACAACAAUAACAACAACUUGUAGUAAAUGUAAUAAACGUACGUCUAUUUGUUAUGAAAAACGAUGUAUUUGUCGUCCGGGCACAACACCGUUUAAACUCUAUAAAAAUAAUGAUUAUUGUAUUGAUACAACAUCUAAUUGUUCUUAUGAUUCGCAACGUUGUUUACCGUCUAAAUCCAUUCCUCUAUUCAAUAAACGUUCAAAUCAAUAUUUUUUAAUACUAAUUCUAUUAAUAAGUUUACUUUUUAUGUUAUUUCUUUUUCUACUAUGGUGUUUAUUACGUAAUGCACGUACACAUACGUUUACCGAUGAAAAAGAUCUCUCGUCAAAUCCACCUAUAUUUACAAUACAUAGACAUGAACGUACGCCAUCAACUAUUUCAACGACGGACUCAGUAAAAUUAAAUGAUUACAAUUGUAUUGAUCAACAUAUUCUUGCGAACGAAUAUGUCAGUACAAUUUAUGAAGAUUAUCCAAAGAUUAUUUCGAAUAAAAAUAAUGCCGAAGUUGUUUUAAUUUUAGUUUAA